CGAGUGUUCAUCGGGUUUUUUUCCCGUUGUCCGUUUUGUUGAUGCACGCUCUUAGCAACUAGCACUGCAUCACAUUCGACAUGGAUCCGGGGCGCUCUCCGCGCAGCGAGGCAAGCUUGAUCUCCAAAGAAGGCAAAUAUUUACAGGGCUCUUCAUCGGAGAUGAGCUCAACCGCAUCGCCUAGUUCGGGGUUGUCCAAAAAGAAUUCCGCCAUCCCUAUGGAACAGCAAGUCUCGGACGAAGAUGCCAUCCAACAGGAACCGUCUCUUCAGAGAGAGCUCACAGAACAGGACAUCGCUCGCGUCCUUUCUCAACGACGUAGCACUGGGUCUGCCUCUGGGGGCGGGGGAGCUGAAGAUACGGCCCAGAUAGCGAGACUGGUGUCUCGGAUGUUCGGACAAGAAAGGAAGGCCAACACAGAAGAGGAAAAGACAAGACACCUUGGCGUGGUGUGGAAGAAUUUGACUGUCAAAGGUGUUGGACUGGGGGCCGCCCUCCAACCCACGGUUACGGACAUCGUCUUGGCCCUACCGAGGUUAAUCAAAGGCAUUCUGACAGGAGGAAGGAAGGGCACACCACUGCGGACCAUCCUGGAUGAUUUCAAUGGCUGUGUACGACCCGGGGAGAUGCUGUUGGUCCUGGGUCGUCCAGGGUCCGGGUGCUCUACAUUCUUAAAAGUAAUCGGGAACCAACGAUCGGGAUACAAAAGCGUUGAAGGUGAUGUUCGCUAUGGAGGAGCAGAUGCCGAAACCAUGGCAGACAAAUAUCGGUCGGAAGUGUUGUACAAUCCUGAAGACGACCUCCACUACCCAACGCUCACCGUUCGCGACACUCUGAUGUUUGCUCUCAAAACAAGGACACCAGAUAAAUCAGCAAGACUGCCCGGUGAAAGCAGAAAGCACUACCAGGAGACAUUCCUAUCGACAAUCGCCAAGCUGUUCUGGAUAGAGCAUGCACUUGGGACCAAGGUCGGCAACGAACUCAUUCGUGGAGUUUCUGGAGGAGAAAAGAAGCGAGUGUCCAUUGGCGAGGCUCUAAUUACGAGGGCCAGCACUCAAUGCUGGGACAAUUCCACCAAAGGUCUCGAUGCAAGUACGGCUUUGGAGUACGUGCAAAGCUUGAGGAGUUCAACCGACAUGGCACAUGCCUCCACACUGGUGGCUCUCUACCAAGCCUCGGAAAAUCUCUACAAUCUCUUCGACAAAGUCAUCCUGAUCGAGGACGGGAAAUGUGCUUACUACGGACGCACUGAGAAUGCAAAGGCCUACUUCGAGCGUCUGGGAUUUGAGUGCCCUCCUCGAUGGACAACGCCGGAUUUCUUGACCUCCGUCAGUGACCCAUUUGCACGGCGUGUCAAGCAAGGAUGGGAAGACCGGGUUCCUCGUUCGGGUGAAGACUUUCAAAAAGCAUAUCAGAAGAGCGACAUCUAUAAGUCUGCCAAGGCAGAUACUGAUGACUUUGAAAGAGAAAUUGAAUCCCAGAAGGAGAUGCGAGAACAAGCCAGGGAAAAGCUUGCAAAGCAAAACUACACCGUUUCGUUCUACAAGCAGGUCGUCAUACUAACCCAACGGCAAUUUCUCAUUAUGUAUGGUGAUAAGCAGACGCUGAUUGGGAAAUGGGCGAUGCUCACGUUCCAGGCACUCAUUAUCGGAAGUCUCUUCUACAACCUACCCCCCACUAGUGCCGGCGUCUUUACAAGAGGUGGUGUCAUGUUCUACGUACUCUUGUUCAACGCUUUACUUGCCAUGGCGGAGCUCACAUCCCUCUUCUGGAGCCGACCUAUUAUGUUGAAACAUAAGAGUUUCUCAUUCUACCGUCCAUCGGCAUAUGCUUUAGCGCAAGUGGCCGUCGAUGCACCUAUUGUAUUCAUUCAAGUCACCAUUUUCGAGCUGAUUGUAUACUUCAUGUCUAAUCUUUCGAGGACCCCAUCUCAAUUCUUCAUCAACUUUCUUUUCGUUUUCAUACUUACCAUGACAAUGUACUCUUUCUUCCGGACUAUCGGAGCACUGAGUGCGUCGCUUGACGUUGCCACACGUAUAACCGGAGUUUCGGUUCAGGCACUGAUAGUGUACACCGGCUACCUUAUUCCCCCAUGGAAGAUGCAUCCUUGGCUUAAAUGGUUGAUAUGGAUCAAUCCGUUACAGUACGCUUUUGAAGCGAUCAUGUCAAACGAAUUCUACAAUCUAGACAUUCAAUGUGUCGCACCAUCCAUCUUCCCCGAUGGCCCCAACGCGCAGCCUGGCAACCAAGUCUGUGCGAUUCAAGGGAGCACUCCGGAUCAGCUGGUUGUUCAAGGAUCCAACUAUAUCAAUUCUGCUUUCACGUACAGUCGAUCACAUCUGUGGCGAAAUUUCGGCAUUGUCAUAGCUUGGUUUAUCCUCUUCAUGUCUUUGACAAUGCUAGGAAUGGAGCUUCAGAAGCCUAACAAGGGAGGCAGCACGGUUACUAUCUUCAAAAAGGGCGAAGCGCCAAAGGCUAUCGAGGAGGCUGUCAAACACAAGGAGCUUCCAGGAGAUGUAGAAGCGGGAAGAAUUGAGACAGGAACCAAUAAUGAGUUCCAAGAGAAGGAUUCAGACAACUCCGGCAGUGAUGUGCAUGGGAUCGCGCGAAGCACAUCGAUCUUUACCUGGCAGGGGGUGAACUACACGAUUCCUUACAAGGGUGGGCAGAGAAAGCUACUACAGGACGUGCAAGGAUAUGUCAAGCCAGGUCGACUUACGGCACUGAUGGGAGCUUCUGGGGCUGGAAAAACUACGCUUCUCAAUACUUUGGCACAGAGGAUCGAUUUCGGGGUGAUAUCUGGGACCUUUCUUGUUGACGGGAAACCUCUCCCGAAGAGCUUUCAGAGGGCGACCGGUUUUGCUGAGCAGAUGGACAUUCAUGAGCCUACCGCAACUGUGAGGGAAUCGCUCCAGUUUUCGGCACUCCUUCGUCAGCCGAAAGAAGUUUCUGUCCAAGAAAAGUAUGACUACUGUGAAAAGAUUAUUGAUCUGUUAGAGAUGCGGCCAAUUGCAGGGGCUAUAGUCGGCUCUGGAGGCGCUGGUUUGAAUGCAGAACAACGCAAACGACUUACAAUUGCAGUGGAACUGGCAAGUAAGCCCCAGUUACUGCUUUUCCUAGAUGAGCCGACAUCUGGACUGGACUCUUUGGCCGCUUACAAUAUCGUACGAUUUCUUCGACGCCUUGCCGACGCUGGACAGGCCAUUCUGUGCACCAUUCAUCAGCCUUCUGCCGUUCUUUUCGAGCAGUUUGAUGAGCUGCUGUUGUUGCAGAGCGGAGGAAGAGUUGUCUACAACAGUGAGCUCGGCACGGACUCGAAGAAGCUUAUUGAGUACUUUGAGCAAAAUGGAGCUAGAAAAUGCUCCCCUCAUGAGAAUCCCGCAGAGUAUAUGCUCGAGGUUAUCGGCGCUGGUAACCCAGACUACAAAGGGCAGGAUUGGGGCGAUGUCUGGGCCAGAUCUGCGCAGCACAGGCAGCUGUCACAAGAUAUCGAGAAUCUCAUUCAGGAACGACGCAACAAGGAAGUCGAAGAAGGAAAGGAUGACAAUCGCGAGUAUGCAAUGCCCAUCUGGGUGCAAGUCCUGACUGUUACCAAACGAAGUUUCAUCGCGUACUGGCGAACACCCCCAUACGUCAUGGGCAAAGUCUUGCUCCACAUAUUCACUGGACUCUUCAAUACGUUUACUUUCUGGCACCUAGGGAACAGUUACAUCGACAUGCAGUCGCGGAUGUUCUCCAUCUUCAUGACACUCACAAUAGCGCCACCUCUAAUCCAGCAGCUGCAGCCACGAUUUCUCCAUUUCCGCGAUCUGUAUCAGUCGCGGGAAGCUAAUUCCAAGAUAUACUCAUGGGUUGCGUUUGUGGCGAGCGCCAUUCUUCCAGAAUUGCCAUAUUCGGUCGUUGCAGGAUCCAUCUACUUCAAUUGCUGGUAUUGGGGUGUCUGGUUCCCACGGGAUUCAUUCCGAUCUGGCUUUAUCUGGAUGUUCCUCAUGCUUUUCGAGCUGUUCUAUGUCGGCCUCGGUCAAUUUAUUGCGGCCUUCUCACCAAACCCGCUCUUUGCAUCUCUCCUCGUUCCGACUUUCUUCACGUUCGUCCUAUCUUUCUGCGGUGUGGUCGUCCCAUACAGCGGCCUGAAUACUUUCUGGAGGUCCUGGAUGUACUGGCUCACCCCGUUCCACUACCUUCUGGAAGGCUUCCUUGGUGUCGUUGUACAUGAUGUUCCCCUCCGCUGCGUCUCCAGGGAGGAAUCCGAGUUCCGUCCCCCUUCCGGAAUGACUUGUCAGGAGUACGCUGGAUCCUACGCAAGCCAGGUGGGCGGAUACGUCCAAGAUGCAGGGAACGGUCUGUGUGCCUUUUGCCAAUACUCCGUUGGCGAUAACUUUGCUGCAAGUUUCAACGUGUUUUAUUCGCACAAGUGGCGCAACUAUGGCAUAUUCUGGGCCUAUGUGAUCUUCAACUUUAUGGCCGUGUUCUUCUUCUCGUGGCUCUAUCUCCAUGGCAUCAAGAACAUGAAGCGAGGUCUCAGCGCACGAAAAUCAGAGAAGGCUGCGAAGGAAUGAUCGGUUCAUCUCAUAUGAUUUCUCCUUACUAUAAUCUUGUUCCCCUCUCCCCUCUUAGACUGUAUGACGGUUGCACGCAACUUCAGUAUC